CUGUUUGAUUUCUUGAUGUUAUCUCGUUGGCGUUUCUUCUUUUCUUUGUUAUUAUUGAGUUAGGAGGGUUUUUUUAUCUUUUCUGGAUGCGGCGGAACGCUGCCACAGUUGCGUAUUUGGGUGUAGGAAUUCGAAGCGAUUGCUGAUAUCAUCGUUGCACAUUGUGAUGGCUCGUACUAAGCAAACUGCUCGCAAGUCCACUGGAGGGAAGGCUCCAAGGAAACAACUUGCCACCAAGGCUGCUCGCAAAUCAGCCCCUACCACUGGCGGAGUGAAGAAGCCCCACCGUUAUCGGCCUGGGACUGUUGCAUUACGUGAGAUUCGGAAGUAUCAGAAGAGUACAGAGCUUCUGAUAAGGAAGUUGCCAUUUCAGAGGCUUGUUAGGGAAAUUGCCCAGGAUUUUAAGACUGAUCUGCGAUUCCAGAGCCAUGCAGUGCUUGCUUUGCAAGAGGCUGCUGAAGCCUACCUGGUGGGUCUCUUCGAGGAUACCAAUUUGUGUGCCAUCCAUGCCAAGCGUGUGACCAUUAUGCCCAAGGAUAUCCAAUUGGCCCGGAGGAUCCGUGGUGAAAGGGCUUAAAGAUGACUGUUUUUGUCUCAUCUGUUAUGCAUGACACUAGCUGUUAACAGUUGUCGGACUUUGUGUUAUCCAUGCUGCUCUCGUGCUUAAAACAAGCUGAACUUGUAGUACUAGGUUUCAUAGUAGUAUGACUCUGUGUUGGAUCCAUCCUGUUAUUGAUGACUGAUAGUUUUUCUUGUGUGCCAAUCUGUAACUGAGACGAAUCUAUAUGUUAUCGUCUCUUCUAUAGAUGUGUGAUACGACGUAUCCCGAGU